AAAAAGAUACAAGUGAAUUUUUUACUACGGGCGAAUGUCGGUCCGGACUUCGGUGUGUGCAUGGUAGACGACGAAGGAUGGGUUAGUCGCGCGGGGCUCGUUUUACGUCGUAAAAUUCGGAAGGAAGGCUAACUGGUGACCAACUCCAUGGCAGGCGAGGGAUGCUGACAGCGAGUAUUUGAUCGCGCAUUCGUGCCGUUACAAGCACACAAGCUGUCAGCCGCGAUGGAGAACCCAGGGCUGAAACUGACCGAUGCCGAGCAGCGCUAUUUCGGCGAGCUGUUCUCUGCUUACGACGUCGACGGCCAAGAAAAAAUAUCUGGUUCCAAGGCAUCUGAGCUGCUACUGGCAACACAGCUACCAACGGAAACGCUGCAGCAGAUAACCGAGUUGUGUGGUGCCAAACGCCUGGGCCACUUUGGUCGUCCCCAGUUCUACCUGGCCAUGAAACUGAUAGCGGCUGCACAGGCUGGCCUUCCUCUCAAGAUGGACAUCUUCUCUUCGGGUGUAGAAGUUCCCCUCCCAAGGUUCCAUCGGACCACUGACCAUGCUGGCCACCCAACUCAGCUGCCGCCACCACCAUCAAAAAGCCACAACAAGGCAACCAGGCAGCCAAGCCUCAAGGACCUUGAACUGUCACCGCAACAUCAGCCGUAUGGCCCAGCUGUGGCUGCCUACCCCCAGGUGCCCCCUAGGGAAUCACGGGACUCUUCCCCUGAAGUGCACUCAAGCUCCGACAAGACGUGGACCAAAUUUAACCAGACAGGUGAUGGGCAGCUAAACUGGAGCCACUUUGAGGAGCACCGGCAGCUACUGGGAAAUGAGGAGGACAGCAGCGACCGGCAUUCAAGCGACGAUGACCACGACGUCUGGAGCAUCGCAGAUGACCAGCGCGACUACUACACUAACCAGUUUCAGCUCAUGCAACCGGACCUGCGGGGGAAGAUCACUGGUGCAGUUGCCAAGGAGUUUUUUGAGAAGUCAAAGCUUCCUGUUCACGAGCUAUCCAAAAUAUGGCAACUGUCGGAUGUAGACAAGGAUGGUGCCCUGAGCAUCGAGGAGUUCUGCACAGCGAUGCACCUGGUAGUACUACGGAGGAACAACAUAGAGCUUCCAGACACCCUGCCGCCUUGUCUGGUCCCUAAGAUGCCUCCAAAGGGUGUGGAUGCUGUGGAUGCAACUGCCUACCAGGUUCCAUCGCAUCCUGUCACCCAGCCGGUGCACAUAGCCAGCCCCAAAGGCCACACACCGCCCCCUUCGAAAGAACCUCUCUCGCCACAGAACAAAGAAUGGACCAAGUUCAGCGACUCCCCUACUAGCACUGUGUCAUCUCCCAGCAUGAAGCCGGUGAAUUUCGAUUUCUCCACGGCCUCUGUUGAACAGGAUCCCAGGAUACUGCACCCAGUUGCUCGUCGCGUGUCACCCGACGGGCAUGCCCUCCCCUACAAUGAGCAGGACAAGGCAGGCCUGUCUGCGGAUGCAUGUGGUGAUUGCAGGUCUGGAGCAGCACCAAAGAACAUAGUGAAAAGGCUUUCUGGCCCUGUUGUGCCUACAGCUCCUCAGCAGACAUUGGCUUAUGUUGUCACAACGGAAGUCUCGGGAGACAAUGCUGCAAACUCGUUCUCGGGGGCAACGGGUGCGGUGCCAGUCGGCUCCCAGGGCCAACUGCCGCCCAAGAAGGAGCCCCCUCCGCCGCCACCUCCAAGGCCCAAGCGCAACCACACCCGCAGCUCCUCGCUCGACCUCAACCACCUGGGCAAGGCAAACCCGCAGGGCUUGGGAGCCCCACCUGCUGUUCCCCCAAGGAUCUCUCCAGGAAACGAACAGGAGAAUGAAGACAAUGAGGAGGUUGCUACAAAGAGCUUCACGGGCGACAUUCCUCGAGCACUAGACUUUGCAGACUUUGACCAGUUUGCUGAAUCACGCAGCGAUGUUGCAAGCGGUCCGGUUCAGCAACUUCAGCCUGGUGCAUUUGAGGUCUACAAGAAGCCUUCGGCUGAAUACAUGUUGCCAUCACCAUAUUCGUCGGAGUCUGAGUAUUCUGAUGAGUUCCUCGAUGACUUGGACUCUAGUCCAGCUCCCACUGAUGACAGUGCAAUGCUACUAGUCGACCAGACUGAUGACGCCAGCGAGAAAAAGAAACGACGCAAGGCACCGCCAGCCAUGGCAGCCACUGAAAUGAAGACCAUUCCAAACGAGAAGUAUGGCUUGCAACAGGCAGUGCGGGCCCACCGCGAACGGAACAACAUGCUCAUGCUCCUCAACACCGAGCUGAACCAGGAAUUGGUGGAGGCCACUGAGGAAAGACUCUCACUCGAGCUACAGCUGGAGAACCUCAAGCCCUUCUCUUGCUGAUGCAAGCAGCAGCAUUUGAAGAGGACGCCCCAUCACUCCUAUGUCUACACCUUCCCCCUCGGCGCUCCUAACACUGCUGGAGGACCGCUCAAUUUGUCAGAAUCCCUCCCUCCUCCUGGUUUUAAAAUCCUCUCCUUUUACUUUACUGGAAGGUCAAAAAAAAAGGAUAACAAAUUGAAAUUUGAUGUCAAGAGAGAGUGAGAGAGGGCCAGCAAGGUAACAAAAGUUCCGUGGAGCAUGUGUUAGCCAGUCGCGGUUAAAUAAAGCCUGUCGCCACUGAAGCUGGUCACAGCUGUCAGUUUGUGCCUGGCAGCAGACCUGGGCGGGUGUUACUGCCCUCUGCUUUCUUUUUUUCUUUUUCCUGUCUUAUUGCCCCAUUGCUUUUUCACCUGUGUUCACUCUCUCUUUUUUCUUUCCUUUUUUUUUUAUGAAAGGCCAACUGCAACAAAAUUUCACUUUGUUUAUCACGAAAUCUCACACGAAAGUAGUACACAGUGUCGAAGCAAUCUUGGCAAAGCUGUAGGACUGGUAAUUGUCUACCGUAUUAUUAUUAUUAUUAUUAUUAUUAACAACAACCUUUAAAUAGCCCCGUAGCUGAUGACACAGUGGUUUAGCAAAUGCCACAACAUGGCCUCCGAGACCUUCGGCAUGUUGCAAGUGCUCCCCAAUCACUGAGGUAGCACCACACUGGUUCCAAGCGUUGUCUGCCAACAUUGUUUUUGGGAAGCGUUUCUGACUUUCUCUGUCCUUUUGGUGUCAAAAACAUUCCUGUUUGCCAACAUUUUGCUGCAUCCACUGAUGCUUCACUUGCAAAAUUGUGCACGGAGGCUGCUUUAUAUUGGCGCUACUGAAACUGGGCUUUUUAGUCUGCCCAUAAUUGCAUUGCAUUUGCCCUUUGAAGAGGGACAGCAUGCUCCUGCUAAAAAAUCUGGCGUUUAAUCUUGCAUUUGUGAGUUCUUGUGAACUUAUAAUUUCAAAGGCAUUCACGCCACCUUACUCCGUAAAGCUCUGGAAAGGUUUCACUGUCAUGUGCAUUUCCUGUCGCAUAAUGCUGGCAUUGCUGUGGUUAAAAGGAGCAGAACUGUGUAUGUAUAAUUUAUUGUGAGCCAGGUGGCUCACUCUAUGGCUGCUUCUGGAUUGCAAUCGCUUAUUUAGUCAUGACUUUUGACCUCCUGCUUGGCAUUGUGUGGUGCACAUCUCUGUAUGCAAUGUCAGCUUAAUGUAAAAAAAUAUGUAUUUGCUGUUUUGCAUAGCACGAAUGCCUUUUUGCCCCUUUCAUGUGGGAAAAUUUGGUGUCAUUUGUAGUCAGUAACAUUUGAGUUUAAUGUUACCAGGUCUCUCCUGCACGGGUGUACAUAAGACAAAAAAAACAUUCACAAUCGAUACAUGUGGGGAUAACACAUUCGAAUGUUUUUAACGUGAUGCAUCCAGUAGAAAACUACACGAAUGAAAAGAAAUGAGGAUCAUGCAAAUCAUGAUCUCAUUUUUAAAUGGGUGUUUUACUUCCUUGAAUACAAAACUGCUGUUCAUUUUACCUGGUCAUUCACUGGUAAGUUUCCUCGCAUUAAUCAUGCUCUGCCAUUUCUGCAAUGUUGUUUACAACUUACUGGAUCCAUGUUGUGGUUGAGUCUCGUUUUAACUGGGAAUGUAAUAUGUACAGCUUGAUCACUUAUAGUACUCUAAAACUAAGGCUAAUCAAAAUUUGCGUGCAUUUUUUUUUUCCACAUGUGACCUUUGUGUCUUAUAUUCUGGCCCAAUGUUGUCGCCAUCUUGCAUAACAGACAUCGCUUUUGCCAUUUAGCACCCUGUGGAACUUGACAUCAUUUGAAGUAUCAAAUGUCAUGCUGAAAACUAUGUGAAAUGUUCCCACGUGAUUGGGGUAUUUGGAGAAUUAGCUUCACUAUUGGCGUUUACGAAGUUACGAUUCUUACGUCACAUUGAAGCUUUUAUUGUGACGCAGCACCAGAGCAAAAUCACGACUCUUGACUAAGCAGAGCCGUUGUUCACCAAUGCCAUUCAAACGCCACUUCAGCACAUAGCUGAGAAUGCCAAUGACAAGAGGUGUAGUGUUCUUAAGGAUUGUCACUUGCAGCUACUUCAGAACUGUUGUGCGUUAAUUGGUUCAAUGCUUUAGGAUAAUUGUUGUUGCUGCAUACCUAAGAACAUAGGAAAUUAGGCAACCAAAGUCGUGAUCUGCAAAAACAGCAAAUUUGCCAAGUCUGACCUUGAUUCAGCUUUUGUGGAUGGUCAUGCAAGUACAACUGACGUGUGAUGACUCGAAUUUAUGGGGACUACAGGCAUAUUGUCCUGUUAGUUUGAGUCUGGCUGUUCAGAAAUGUUUUGAACAUAUAGCGGGCCAACUAUAGUGCAUAAUUUUGUUUUAAUUUACUGAAACAGUAGGUUAUUGCAAGUUUACUUACAUAUAUUGUGCUGCUUUAGCAUUUUCAUGCCAUGUUUGAAACUCAAUAUGUGCAUCUAUGCUUGCAUGCAUGGAUGGGCAUUCGCCUCCUAAAGUGCUUAUUUGCGUGGGGCCUGUCUGUAUUGUACAAAACAUUGCGGUAAUGGUGUCUGAGUGCAUACGAGUCUUGUCUGUCCUCUGGGCAACUUUUUGAUGGCAGUUGACAGAAGACAUGUAGAGUCACACCAGCCAGUUUGCACUCUUUGUGUGUUUGGCACCUUGUUUACCCAAACCCGAAUGCACAUCUCUUCUAAAGCACUCCUUGCAAACAUUGUACCUGGGACUAGAUGCAUCAAAGUUCAGCAGUGCUUACAGGCUUACAGGUUUUGCAUGUUCACGUAUGGCUACUUUUGUUACCACCUAGUGGCUUUAGGAGGUCUGGUUAGGACGAGUUGUCACAUUAUCUGUCCAAAAACAGGGUCAAGUUCUCUUGCCUCUGUCUUGCUCCCACCCACACGGUGAGCUGAAAAACCGCAUUUUCAUUUCUGCACUGGGAUUAUAAUGGAUGUGUAGGUGUUUUCCCGACUCAUCUGAACACAGAAAAAAUAAGUUCAACUCGCUUGUAAAAACUAGGUCAUGCAGAAGCAAGUGGAAUUGUCCAACUUGCGCAGCUGCAUAAAGAAUCUUUAGAAUAUGUUGCGGCACACAUCAACAAAUUGAACCAAUAUAGUGGGAUACCUGUAGCAUUCUUGCAAAAAGCCCGAAUUGUUUCAGAGUCUACUUGGAAGGCGUAAAUUUCAAACCAUUCAAUGCAAGCUAUUGCACUUUUUAGCCUUUCUUUCCUGAAAUUGGGUUGGGUUAUGCGACUUGAGUGCUACUUUGUCCCAGUAUGCAGGCAUGGUAAUGGGAAUGCGGGGGGGGGGGGGGGGGGAGAUAAGGGCCUAUGCAUAACUUGUUAGGUGUGCAAUGGUAUCUCAUAUUGUCUUACGUAAAACACUUGGAUGACAACAAAAGAUAGGUACUUCAUAACAGUAUGAUUUGUGCAUGAUGUAAGCCAUUUACAUUAAGGAUACUGGAUUUCGGUUUUAUCUUGCUGCUGAUAUACUCUUCUUCAUACCAUCUAAAUUUGCCACCAAUGAAUGUUUCGCAAUAUUUCCCACUAAUUUGCCCAGUUUUCUUGUUUUUAGGCUGUUACUGUACUUUGCAGCUGGUGUAGCAUUGAAGUGCUUUCACCUAACUUAACUGCCGUUUCCACCUUAAAAUCUGAUAAGGUGGAGCGACUCAACUGCACAUUCUGUGCUCCAUUGCCUCUCCUUUCCUAGUAGAUCGCAACAGCCGUGCAUCAGACUAAUUUGUUCUCCAUCCACGGCUAGGUUUAUAAGCGUCAGUAAUUGCCUGUGGAAUUUGGUUAAACAACGCAGCUGCCGGAGGCAAAUGUUUUACUGGAGAGCUUUAGCCUCUCUGUGUAAUAUAAUUGAUUACUGGCAUCAGUGAAACCAUCAUCCGAUACUGAGCUCCGCAGCAGCGUACAGAGCACUUAUUGCAACUUUAGUCUGUGCUACCUUGCGUCUUGCCUAAGUAUUAAAAUAUAGUAGCUCUUCUUUUCUCCUUCGAUGAAAUCAGUCGUGGAACACAAGACUUAAGAUGCAUUGUGGCUGAACGGAGUGCCACAGGAUGCCAUUACUGGCAUAUAAAUAAAUCAAUAAAAUAAAUAGUUGCUGCUGGCUACCUCUCAGGUGCCCCAGAAUUCUUUAUUAAACAAUAAUAUGGGUACAAGCAAACGAAAACAUUCUACUAAAUGCAGUAGAUUUCCUAUAAUUCCACCCUGAUGGGAUGACUAAAUGACUGAAUUAUCUGGCUGGUCAUAUUAAACAAUAUGCAGAAAUAACGCAAAAACACAGUAAUUCAUUUUGCAGUAUUUGCCUGAUCCUAACAAGCCCCCGAGUCAAACAAGCACACACUUUCGAUGCGUCCAAAGUAGUGAACUAAUGUAGAAAUAGUAUUAAAACUCCUUAACACAACAAACCUAGCGCGCACACAAUCUUUUGCGAAAAAAAUUGUUAGCUUUGCCGCACGGUAUUUUAAAGUCAGCUUCGCCGCUGUACAGUAGCGUUCUGCAGUAAAGCAUAUAAACGUUGCGAAGAUGGUUUUGAUUUCUUGUCCGAGUGCACUGCGCGGGCAAUGUUCGGUCCAAUUUUCUUUCAGAAAAAAAGGCAAGCAUUAGAAUCGGGUAAAUACAGUAGUAAAGCUUUGUGAGCUACGGUUAUCGCUUGAAAAUCUUCCUAGGGCGCGCCAAAAAUAGGCAUUUUCGACGAGAAGUGACGUAUGCUUAACACAUUUCCUAUCCCCUAAGCUCUGCCGAGAUGGACACUGCUACUGAUAGGAUCACUAUCGGGAUCACCGUAAGGGUCAGGGGCAUGUCUGCCGACUGGUCAAAUUCAAAUUAUCUAGUGAAGGCCAACUGGUCAGGACCUUCGGCUGAGAUCGAAGUGACGGAAGCGUACUGUAGAACGCUCUUAAGUCCAUUUCUGUGCAAAACCUUGGCCGAGAACAAGUUGGGAUAUGCACAGAAAGUUAUAUUUGUUGGCUACAUGUGCAAGUCCCCGUAUUUUUAUUGUAUUGGUGAUUUGAACAGUUAGUUGCUGGUGAUGACGUUGGUGGCUGCUUUGAGUAACAUGCAUCAAUGCUUCACUGCUUCAUUGCCAGACUUAGCCCUGUAUUUUGGAAGACUCUUGUAAGAUUAUCUUCAGGUGAUAAAUUUGGUGUUCUUGCUUCUGUGGUCCUAAAAGAAUUUGCCAAUUGUGAGAGAGCUUUGCACAUCUUGUAUAGUCUGACGAGUUGUUUGCAUACAGUGUGGCACUUCAGCUUUUUGUCUCGGUACAGGUCUUGGUACAAUGUUUGUCCUUCGCAGUUCUUUUCGUUCUUGGUCAUUGACCCACAAACUGCUCUUGUCUGUGUGAUUGGCUACUGCACGUGAUGGGUGAUGACAUAUUAGAAGCAAUCGAAGGAAAAUAAUUGUUACAAUAGACAGCCCUUGGUGGGUACUCUUGCUCUUUCUCUCAGUGUUGACGCUUGUUACUGAAUGAAUUUUAAGCUUGUUAUUUAUUGAACAUGGGUGUGACCUAUCUUUUUAAUCGAGCAUUUUUUGAGGCUGAAAGUAAUCGGCAGUAUAUUCAUUGGCCUUUCGCAUUGAGUGCGUGUGGCUUGUCCAGUUGUCCUUGGGCAGUCGUCAAAGCAUUGUGUGUUCUCAUUGCGAGUUUGAUACGGAUUGCGGUGUUGUGCCAAGGGUGCUUAGUAGAAGUAAAGCAACAUCAGCACUUUCAUGAAUGGGGUCUUGCACACUAAGCACACGUGCAGCUUCUGCAACCGUAUGAGUUGAAGCUCCCGAUUUCGCUGUGUAGUUGGUUACAAUGGAUAUCAUUUUAUUUUUAGCAACGGGGUUAACGCAAGUCUGGAUGUGACUCUUCUGUGUGCACCUUUGUACUUUACACCUAUCUGCUUUAGUUACAAGCUGUUGAGGCGCCGAGUCGCUUGUGAUCGGUCAGUGUGUAGCACUCGUUUUGUAGCACUGGUUACACAAAAGCCACAGACAGCUGUCGGUUUUGUGUGCCGGGGCCUCCUCACUUUCAUUUGGCACCUGUGUACAAUGGUAGACCAAGGCGUGCCAUGUCGGAACUGUGUUUUUGUCAAGCAGUAAGGUUUUUCCUUGACAGUGCGCCAGGUCUGGAAAUGGGGGCUCCCUAGAGAGAGAGUAGUGAUAUGUACAUAAUUUAGUCUUGUACAAAGAAAGGGAAAGUGGAAGAAGAGGUAGCAACCCGAGAGCCUCCAUCCUGUCUGGCAUAUAUGCAACUGUGUUGAUGUGCAUAUAGGUUGUAAAGUGGUAUAUAUAUAUACAUAUGUGUGAAUGCGUGUAUAAAUAUUUUCAUUCACACAUGGCGUAUGUUGAAAUGGCGUGUUAUCCCGUUGUCAUAUCCUUCUGGCAGCUUAUCAUGCAUGCAGGGGCCACCCCCUGCACUUGUAAAGCAUCCGGAGGAAAAUGUUGGCCUGGUAGUAGCCGUACUUUUUGGCACUGACACAAAAUGUAAUGGAUCUGGGAUUUGAAGAAACAGAAAGCAGACUUGAAGCCAGUGCCAAAGUACUUCGAGUGUAAUUUUUGAUGGCCACUGCCACAUUUUCCUCCGGCUGAAAACGGCAUCGCGUGAAGCCAUUGAUAUGUGCUUCUUAAGCGGCCAGCCACCCCGAGGAAGUUGUUUAGAAGCAAAUAUUUUUCAUAGUGUUCAUGCAGACACUUACUCGACGUUGUUUGGAGGUUGUUGCAGGUGUCCUAUGUCUUUUUCUCGAGAUUGUCAAUGGCCCCACCAUUUUAUUUUCUCUCCUUAGCGGGGCUUGAUAAUUUGAGUGCAUUGUUGAGCCUGUCUGUCUUCUAAGAACGUCUCGGCUGCAGACAGAUUGAGUAGUGUGCAAAUCUUGUUAGUGUUUCAGGUGAACACCACUACACGCCCGCUGACGGUCUUUUCUACACGCCAAAAUAUAUUCGUGCAAAGCUAACGAGAGCCCAGUAAUGAUCUCGCGCAUAAAAAGCAAUUGCGAUUGUGUCUGUGGUUGUGGAGCCAGGUGUGGAAAUAAAAAAAAAAGUUGUUCAUGCC